AUGGAUGCAAACGAACCACGCAAAAAUGUUGCGGUAAUUGGCACAGGGAUGGCUGGGCUAGUGGUCGCAUACAUGCUCAGGAAUGAUUCUCAGGGCAGAUUCGACGUGGAAGUAUUCGAAAAGCAAGACAAACUUUCGCUCGAUUCUGCAUCAUAUGAUCUCACAAACGAAAAAGACGGAAGCGCGAAGCCCGAACGUCUCGAUCUUCCCAUGCGCACAUUCGCCGACGGAUACUACGAAAGUCUCAAGCGAAUGUACGAUUAUUUCGGCAUCCCGUACGGCUCGCUACGGUUCAUUUACUCUUUGUCGUCGCUACCGGAUAAUGCCAGAAAACAACCGUCUCCAUACUAUAUGCAUUCCUCAAAUAACCACCAAUUACCUCCAUUGCGUCCGGAGGGCUUAUCAUGGACCGGGUGGCUGAUCGAGGUGUGCUACCUGGCAAUAUGCUAUUAUUGGUUCAAAGCCUGCUGUUUCUUCGUAGCGCCCAAAACGGUGGAGUCGUCGGGUACGGAGGAAUCUCUGCGUGAAUAUGUGGAGAGGAUUAUGUUGCCCAGUUACUACGUGAAGCACUACUUCCUGCCGGUCUUCGCGAGUGUUGCGACUUGCUCACAUGAUGCGCUGAUGGAUUUCCCAGCUCUUGAUCUGGUCGGUUAUGGGAGGAGAACCUUCCGUAAGAAUCACUACACUGUCCUUGGUGGAGUUCAAUAUGUCGAGAAAAAGCUGUCCGAAGACUUGACGUAUAAACUUGGCACGAAGGUCACGGCGGUCGAGAAUAUCGGUACAAAAGUUCAAGUGAGCUGGACAGAUACCCGUGAUGGCCAGAGCAACUCACGACUAUUUGACCAUGUCGUUUUGGCCGUGACGCCUGAUGUGGUUGGCGCGAUUUUCCAGCCUCUCCGAAGCGCAAUGGAUGCAGUUCCCACAACGACCGUUCAAUCCGUCGUGCACCGCGACUUUUCCCGGAUUCGGGAUUCUAGUAAAUGCCUCUGGGCGCAAGUAUCAUUGAACGCCGGCGAAUCAGCACCUCACCCACUGCACAUGUGCUCUAAUGCUACGGCAACUGAGACUGUCCAUGAACAUCCGUCAUCUGCUCUUAUUACGACUUAUCCAAUUUCCCCGAUUGACCCCGAGAAGGUCCUGUAUACUGCCACGUUCACUCGUGUUUUGCGAUCGCCCACCAGCAGACAGAUUGUCAACCAAAUUUUCAGUCAGAAGAAGUCUGGAGAUGACAAGAGCCAGCUUUGGCGGAACGGGGAUGGAAAUGUCUGGCUUGUUGGUGGUUGGUGCUGGGACGGGAUGGUACUAUUAGAGGGAUGUCUUUCUUCCGCGACCAGGGUGGCAAAGGCCCUUGACGUCGAGGUUCCUUGGAUGAAAGAUUCCUCUUUAUAA